UCGUGACACGCUGAGCCCACCGAAGCAGCAUGGAGCUCGAGCGCGAGUCCUCCACCUCGCUCGACUCACAGAUGCUUCUGGACUCUCUGCUCCAGAACCUCUAUGAUUUUGGGGCUAUGGAAGAUGAAGCAGAACAGAAAAGAUUGAAAAAGAAAACAGAAAACAAGAAGAAAGACAUACGGACUCCAGCAGCCUUGGCCGUAGAGGCUGAUACUCAACCAGAAUGUCUUGUUAGAGGCCAGAGGAAGGGUGCCAAGAGUGCUUCCAGCUUCUUCCAGGAACUCAAAGAAGAGGUGCAGUGUGCAUCUGUUGAAGGAAAACCCACUGAACUCAAAGUCCCUUGUGCUGUAGGAUCUUCCUCUUCUAGGAAGAACAACAGAGAACAAGUAGAAGUGGUAGAAUUUCACAGCAGAAAUAAAAAAAGAAAACAGAAGCUCGAUCAAGAUGAGAAAACAAAGUCACACCCAGCAGUGCUCAGGACAGAUGCAAAUAUACAAGAGUUUAAUUUAGAAAAGGCUCGUUUGGAAGUACAUCGGUUUGGGAUCACUGGUUAUGGAAAAGGAAAAGAAAGAGUUCUGGAACAGGAACGUGCCAUUAUGCUGGGUGCCCAGCCUCCCCCAAAUAGCUAUGUGAACUAUAAGGAAUUGCAGGAGCAAAUUGGAGUAAAAAAGGCAGCAAAAGAAGAAGAAAAGGCAAAGAGCCAGAACACAGAUAUUUUCAAGAAAAAGAAGAGGAAAGGGCAAAGAGACAGGCAGUCCAAAAAGAAGAAAUCAGCUCCUAGCAUUUUGUCAAAUGGACGAAUUGGACAAGUUGGAAAAUUCAAAAAUGGAACGUUGAUUUUAAGCCAAGUUGAAAUUAAGAAAAUUAAUUCUUCGAGAGUGGUUAAAUAAAGUACUUUAUAAAAAAAAAAAA